CGUGCAUUGUGCUUUGCCGUCGAAAAUGGACAGGAAACCCUCUUACGAAUUCUCCUCGAUAAGGGCGCCGAUAUUGAAGCAAGAAACAAUUUAGGCCAAACCCAACUCUACGUAGCUACCUCAACGGGGGAUGACGCUGUUGUAAGGCUUCUACUUGACGAGGGCGCCGAUACAGAAGCAAGAAACAAUUUAGGCCAAACCCAACUCUACAUAGCUACCUCAACGGGGGAUGACGCUGUUGUAAGGCUUCUACUUGACGAGGGCGCCGAUAUCGAGGCAAAGGAUACCGGAGGCUGCACUCCGCUCUUGCGGUCUGCCAGUAAGAGGCAAGAGACUAUCGUGCGAUUACUUCUUGAUAGGGGUGCUUCUAUCAUGGCGAAAGAUAACCACGACAACACACCCUUGCACCUAGCCGCCAAUUAUGGACACGAAUCAACCGUAAGGCUACUCAUUGAUGAAGAUGCCAACAUCCGGGCCAUAGAAAUCCGCGGUUUUUCGGCGCUU